AUGCAGGUAUAUCUCUCAUAUCUCGAGGCUGAGCAACGCGUCAGUACUUGGAAAAGCAUAACGUCCAAAAGCAUCAUGGAAUUCAGUAGCAGUGAGAGUACAAUGGAUUCCGACCGGCCCCCUCGACCCCUGCGAUCAGCAACCAAGAACAAGAAAAGAGCUAUGACUUAUGGGUGCUGGUCCCGAUUGCACGAAUAUGUUGGAAAAGCCGCCGGCCUCGAUCAUGCAGAAUCGGAGUCUUUAUCGAAAACGGUAGAACAACAAGUACGCCAACUUUUAAAAGAAAGACCUGGGAUACCCUGGAAAGAUUACGAUUCGAAUGACAAAGAUUGUUGUUUGGAAUCAACAGAAACAAUGCUUAGGGUAAUAACCAAAAAGACAGUCCCACGGGAUAGGCUUGAGUGGAUGAUAUCGCCGCUUAUAGAUACACUAAUCGAUGCUCAAGAAGAGAAAGUGAAGGGAAAGAAGGCAGCAGCUAUCCGUGUCGACAAGAAGAAUCCAGGCGUACUACCAAGCAGGAGCCCGACAGCACCCAACUCUUCAUCUGCUAUCCAUAGCACGCACUUUGAUGCUACUAGUAACACGAAAGCCGAUACUGACAAGUCCCACGUCAAAGCCAAACCAUACGACCCUGUUAGAGACCUUUGA